UUUUUGUUGCCACUCGGUUGCUACAAUGUGACAACGCAACAAUGUAACGUCCUAUAUUCUAAACGCUGCAACGUUGUGGCAAUUCUCAGUGAGCUCAUUAUUAUGUCUACCCUGCGGUCCUUGCAGGCUAAAGAAAACAUUUGAUUUUGGCAAGGGCUUUCCUUCAUCUGACAUGUUGUCAUCACUUGGUUUAGCCGAUGGUGCUGAAGAAAUAAUGUAAACAACACUUAAACCGAAUCAAAUCAAAUCUUUCUUUUGGCAGCACAACAACAUGAACGUUUGCUCUUCAAGGACCUUGACGCAUCGCUUCCAUUCAGCCAUUGAACUGGGACGAGUAGGGUCCAUACUGUUGUGGUUUUACUGCGACCUGUAUGUGGUUUGUAGAGGUAAAAUGUUGCUCUUUAACUUAUAUUAGGGAUCGUUCUGCGGUGUGAGGUGAAACUACUCGGUCGACUGGAGGCAUCGGUAAGGAUCAGGGGUAUAAUGUCUGGAGCGGCCGGUGGGGGAGGAGGCUCCUCCUGUCAGGGCGCAGCAGCGGCGGCCAGUUGCAGCUCCGCCGGCUCUCCCUACGCUGCUGCAGCCGGAGGAGGCGCAGGGGCGGCCGGGAGGCUGCCCGCGCGCGUCCUGGAGCACGUUUUCUCGUAUUUGGAGAUGACCGACUUGAUGCGUUGCGCGUUGGUCUGCUGGCAUUGGAACAACAUGCUGGCGGACGAAAACAGCGAGGUGUGGCGCAGCCUCUGCAGCCGGUCUUUGAGCGAUGAAGCUAUGCGUUCGGACAUCCUGUGCAACCUGCCCACCUACAAGGGGAAACUCAAGGCCUAUCAACAUGCUCUGAGCUCCCACGACUGCUCCCGCAACGUUUACGUGAAGAAGAACGGCUUCACCCUGCACCGCAACCCGAUCGCCCAGAGCACGGACGGUGCUCGGGGCAAGAUUGGCUUUUCGGAAGGGAGGCACGCCUGGGAGAUCUGGUGGGAAGGCCCUCUUGGCACCGUGGCAGUGAUCGGCCUGGCCACCAAGCGGGCGUCCAUGCAGUGCCAGGGCUACGUGGCCCUGCUGGGCAGCGACGACCAGAGCUGGGGCUGGAACCUGGUCGACAACAACCUGCUUCACAACGGAGAGGUCAAUGGCAACUUCCCCCAGUGUAACAAUGCGCCAAAAUAUCAGAUCGGGGAGAGAAUACGAGUGAUUCUCGACAUGGAUGACAAGACGUUAGCCUUUGAGAGGGGUUUUGAGUUUCUUGGUAUAGCGUUCCGCGGACUGCCCAAAGCCUGCCUGUUCCCAGCUGUCUCUGCAGUGUACGGCAACACUGAAGUCACCAUGGUGUACCUGGGAAACCCUCUGGACGGCUAGACGCAGAGCCACCAUCAAACACGAACAGGCCACUGGGCGAGUGCGGGACUUUUUUUUUCUUUCUGUCAACAGACUGCCGACUGUGUUUGUCGCACCGUCUCAAAAGGUUUCGGAGACCAAGGGGGUCAUGUUCCUUCCAAGCAGAAUAACUAUUCACACACGCAAAGAGAACCGUUGGCGUUUCUACUCCGGCUCGACACGAGGAGUCAAACUACAGAGGGGAGAAGGAAUGUGUGGGGACUGUCACAAACAUGAUUCUGUAUCGACGUGGACGACGUGUCCACUUUUACAGUUCAGCUGCUGGACCACUUUAUUUUCUGGAUAGGGGGAACAUUAUUUAAGUGCGAUUCAGGCCAACAGCGCUGACUUUGUGUCCGCUUAAAUGAGGCCAAAGCUAUUCUAAACCGUGGCAAAUACUUUAAGACAUGUUUUUAAACAAGCGAGACAGUAGUUGUUAUCGAUAGCUAUUCGUCGUAAAAGGAAACAGCUCAUUGUGGAUUAACACAGGUUCACUAUAAUCGAGGACUGGAGUAUAACAGUUAUAUGCCAAAUCAAUGUGACCUGAUCGCUAUAGGCAAACAUAGAGGACAUGCGGACCAACUGUCAUGCAUGUGCAUGGAUACUGGCGUAAAGACUAUAACACCCGACCUUUGAUAUACCUACCCCGUAAUGGUGGAAACUAUAGCUGUAUCAUGUUUAUGUGCGUCCUUUUUAAUGUGCUACUGUAGUAUUAUACACUAUUUAUUUCUUGUUUUUUUAUCUAUGGUACUAUGGAUACUGUAUGGUAAUAAGGCCUGAAAAUAAAGUCUACAUGAUGCCACUCUUAUAAUAAAGAUGUGUUGAUGUUU